UUGACAUCCCGCCACAUGUGGAUGCCCCAACUGGCCAUGCAUGCCCACGUGGUCCUCUUCAACCCAAGCAGCCAGCUCUAUGCACGGACAGAUCCAGAGCUGAACCGUGUCUGGGUUGACACCCCAGUGCCUUACCCUGAAGAAUGCAGCUUCAUCCUGAGGUUCAGGAAUGGGGUCUGCCAUCUGGAGACCUCCAACCAUAAGUUUGUCUCCAGGUUAGAGAAACUUGCCAAGAAGCCCUCAACAGAGACAGCUUUCCACCUAAACUUGAAGCCAGGCUGCCAGGUGUUCCUUUCAGAUCGGGAUGGGCGCAUCUUAUACCCACAGGGAAGUCGUGGGCUCCUGUGCCUUGGAGAUAGCCCUGAGGACAAUGAAGAGUGGUUUGUCAUAAAGAGGUGUCCACAAUGGGUCAGUCUGAAAACUAGAGCCAAGAAAUACCUGAGCGUCAUCUGUGACUCAGAAGUCUAUGCUGGCUCCAAAAAGGUGACGCCAAUGUCCACUUUCCUCUUUGAAGUUGACCCUGAUGCCAAAACUGUGCAGUUAAAAGAUGUGCAUCACAAGUAUCUGGCUCAGAGGCAAUUCAAGAGUGUGAUGGCCGACGGCUACUGCAAAGAACCAGAGACCAAGUUUUGUGUCCUGUGGCAUUAUGGGAAAAUCUUCCUGAGAGCUCUCAAUGGCCGCUACCUGGGCACCCUCCCUGUUGGGAUGGUGGUAGCCAGAGCCGUGGACCCAGGUCCCAGUGAGGAGUUUGGAGUGCACCUGGCAAACCGCUCCUUCCUGGUGCUGCGUGGGCGGUAUGGCUACGUGGGAAGCUCCUCCUGCCACGAGGCCCUGCAGUGCAACCUCCUGGAGCCUGACUGCAUUGAGCUGCUGCCUUGCAGGCACAGUGUCUACCACUUCCAAAGCCGUGGCAAGAGCUUUUGGUCUCUGACCUCAGAAAGGACCUUCAAGACGUGGGGGAAGUUUGCCUUGAACUUCUGCCUAGAGAUCCGAGGGAACAACCUUCUAGCUGUGCUGGCCCCCAAUGGGUACUUCCUGCGUGGGGACCAGGAGGGAACCCUCAUGGCCGACAGCGAGGAGGUGACAGAGGAGUGCCUCUGGGAGUUCUAGGCUCAGAAAGGUGUCUGUGUGAAAGGAGGCUCCAGAAAACCUCAAGAGUUCCAGAUGGGUCUGCCCAGCUUGUCUGAAUUACUUGGUGCUUUCUCUGCGAUGGUGGUCUCCUCCAGACAUUUCAGCCAAAGGUCUAAAAGAAGCCAAGGAAGAGCCUCUUUCCUGCUCUCCAGGCAAGCAGCACCAGCUGUGGCUAUUCAGCUUCCCACACUAUGGUCAAAAGAGGCAAGAGGUCCUUCCCAUCCCGUCCAUUUGCCCUUUGUGGUCUUUCUGCCAAUGAAGUGGCAUCGCCCCUUCUCAGGAGUCGAAUUAUGCCGUUGUCCUUCAUUGGCGCCUCCUGAGCUGAAAGGCAGUUUAUGCUGGAGGCGGAAGGGGACUGUGGCUGCGGUGUGGUUCUCCUGGCCCCACAGGGGUCUUCCCAGGAGCUUUCGUUAAAAGCAGAAAAGGAAAGAGGAGGAGGAGGAGGCCUCUGCCUGCUUCUGUGCGGUCAAAUCGCAGGCUCUAGAGAGCUGGAAGGGGACGCAGGAGGGCUCCCAGGAUUUAUCUGGGCUGACUGAUUGUUACGCCCAGAUGAGACACAUGAAGAUGCCAUCAACACAGAUACCUCUGAGCAUGUGCAGGGUGUACACCCCGUUCCACUGAGCAGCUGUAAACAUGGGGUUAAGGAAAUGGCUCCCAGUCUGGCCACUUCAGUCCCAGACUCUAAACCUGCUGGGCUCCUGCUGGGAGGAAGGGCGCAAUAUAAAUCAAAUAAUAAAUAAUUAAAUAAAAAUAAACUGAGGCAGCUCUCAGCAUAAACUUCCCACCCCCGUUGGCUGUCUCCCAAGGAAGGAGGCAGUUUGCUCCCUGGGGGGGUGUCUCUCUUGCAGUUAGGAAGUUGAUUAAUUAAUUGAUUGAUUGAUUUCUCACUUUCCUCCAGAUUAAACAUGCCCUUCCUCCCUUCCCCCUCCUAUGAUUUGCUUCACUUUGGUACAAGGAGUGGCCAGCAGGGGUACCCAGAGCCUACUAGGGGGGCCCCUCCUCCUCUUCCUCCUCCUAUUGGCCCCUAAGGUGAUCUUUCUCACAGUUAUUGCCCAAGGAUUGUUCUCUGACCUAGCCUGGAAGUGAGUAAGUGAUGUUCCUGCUGAGCCUUGCCUUGCCUUGCCUUGGAAUGGUCCUGACAGGCUUCCAGAUGACCUCAUGGUGCCUGUGCCUCCCUGGCCCGAGGAUGUUGCACUGCCAUCCUCUGACUCAGAGGACUAUGUUGCGGAAGCCUUAGUGCCACCACAGCCUGGAGCAGGCUGCAGCCCUUUAACCUUGCAACGGGGAUACCACUGUUGCUUCUGUAUGUGAAGAUAGAUGCAAGGAAUUCAUUCAGCUUCUCUGCAAUCUCCUUAUCCUCCUUCAGCACACUUUUGACUCUCUUGUCAUCCAAGGGCCCAACCGCCUCCUUAGCUGGUCUCCUGCUACUAAUAUAUUUAAAGAAGUUUUGGGGUGAUGGUGUUUAUGUUUUUAGCAAUGU